GCAUCCGAUGGUGAGGAUGAGUUAGAGUUGGGUAUUGUUGACACGUACGUGGUGUUAUGGAGGAUUAUUCGAUUGAAACCGAUGAUUUGGAUGUUGUUCGUUUUGUUAACGGGAAAGUUUGCAUUCGCGGCCACAGAUGGAAUAACGAGUUUGAAGUUGAUUGGAAUGGGUAUGCCGAAAGAUAAAUUGUCGAGUAUGGCGGUGUUUUUGACACCUUUACAGGUGUUGCUGCCGUGGAUGAUAGGUAAAUACACUGCUGGUCCUCGUCCACUCAACGUUUUCUUAUUGGCCUAUCCGUACAGGAUAUUCAUGGGUGGUGUUUUUGCCGCAUUAUUGUGGUGGACGCCAUCGUUCCGAUUGCCUGACGGUGAUUUUCCAGUCACUUUGUAUGCUAUUUGGGUGAUUGCCUAUUGUUUUCAUCAGGUUAUUAUUAUUAUUGUUAUUGCUAUUGUUAUUAUUAUUAUUGCGUGUCUAAUGUAA